AUGGCGUCCCCAGGCCAAACACAGGGCUCAGCGCCCACAACACAACCUCUCACGCCACCCGCUGAAUCCUCCGCCGCGAACGGGGCCCCCGCGCCCGCCGCAACAAGCUCCCAACCCCAUGUCCCAGCGGCAGGCCCUUCAACCACAGCACCACAACCGCCAGCAGUCCCUGGCAUAUCAACUCAAGACAGCGGAAAAACGCGACGGCCACGGGACGUGCGGCUGGUCCACAUGCUCCUCGCUUCACUCGGCGUAACCUCCUACCAGGACCGGGUGCCUCUCCAAUUACUCGACUUCGCCUACCGCUACACUGCCAAUGUGCUACAAGACUCCGUGCAUCUCGCGACGGAAGGAUAUGCCGCGGCAACAGACGGUACAGCGGGGACAAAGGGCUCCGCUGAAGUGAAUAGUGUUUCUCUGCCCGCAUUGCGAUUGGCCAUUGCUUCCCGCUUGCACUUCCAGUUCCAGACAGGUUUGCCGAAGGAGUUCCUCAUGGAGGUCGCGUCGGAGAGGAAUCGGAUCGCUUUGCCGGGUGUAUCCCGAGGCUUCGAUCCUGCUGCUGGCGCUAAUGGCGCUGCUCCUGCGGCGAACCAGAGUGUUGCUAUUGGUGGUAUGCGCUUGCCUCCUGAGCGCUUCUGCCUUACUGGACUGGGGUGGGAUAUGAAGGAUGAAUGGGAUAGUGAGGGCGAGGAAGAUGAUAUGCCUGAUGUGAUGCAGCAGCCUGGGGCUGGGAUGGGUGUUGGUGGUGAUGGGGCUGAAGAUAAUGAAGACGAGGAUGAUAAUGAUGGCAAGAUGGAGGAUCUCUUCGGCGAAGAUACCACUAUGGGCGAGGCAGGCGAUGGAGAUGAAGACCGAAACAUGACUGAUGUUUAA